CGCUGCGUGUCUGAGGCGUACAAAGAAUCGCUGCUCCAACUAGCAAUGCGAUAUUGACAUUGACCCGGUGUCAUGUACACUCCUCACGAGGGCGAAUUUGCGACAGCGUGACUCUAACAAGGGUGUGCGGAGAUGGACCAGACAUGAAUGAAGCUGCAGUCAUGUGGCCCCGAGAACCACGCUUUGAACGCCUGCGGCCGCCUUGACUGCGCACUACAAGCCUCGAUAUCAUCCUGAUCCUCCCCCGAGAAACAUUACAUCUCCAGCAAGCACACACACAUGGCCUCCACCACCGUCGCCAUCAACCCCGGCCACGGCCUUGGUCCCUUUCAUCUUGGUGCAUCAUUACACGAAUGCCUCACCAUCCUUACAGCCGACAAAGACCAAUACUCCAAGAUCGGGCUCUACUUCGAUCGACCAGAUCCGCUGAGAACUCCUACCGUGGUCGAUCUGCCCAACAACGGCUUUCGCCUACGCUUCGAUGGUGCAGACCAGAGGUUAAGGCUGAUAGAGGUCCAAGACUUUCGGAAGAUGAGAGUUUCAUACAAAGGCGGCGAGCUGUUGAAGCCCCUGGAAACGGGCGAGGGUCCCACGUUUAAAAGGAUCUACCAGAUCUUUGGUGCCGCGUACCCCGGCGAGUACAUCCCGCCUCGGAAGAAGGAGACCACCGGGACGUAUGUGCUGUCGUGGGCCGGAGUUGCUUUCACAUUCCUCUUGCAGCAUUCGGCGUGGGCAGCGGACAAGGAUCAUGUUUCUAUGCUAGGCUCGUCAGCUGCAUCCCCGGCAACGCGAAUGGCCAUAUUCGAAGGUAGCAGCUGGCCAGAGGCUCGGCAAGACCUGUUCGCGCGCGACCCCAGUGGGCCUCGAUCAUCUGCACUGGCGUGGAGGGCUAAAGACCAUCUGCCGCAAGAAGUGGAAUCAGCCAUCAUCCGCGGCGACGGCACUGUGCACCUUUUGCGUCGAGUCCCUGCCCCGCCUUUCACCAUUACGUUAAACGAAACCACGCCGCAGGAUCUGGUCACCGAGCUUGGCCCACCAGAUACCACACAUAAACGCGACCCCGAAUCAUCGUUGGGGGAAGAGCCCACGCAGAGUCGUGCCGAGAGCGCUGCACGACCCGUUGCGAAUGGUCGCUCGGGCAGAGGCUCGCAACCUUCGAGCUACUCCUCCACGGGCACAGACACAUUCGACGUCGAUUUCGAUUCGGGAGAUGCCGAGGAAGACCCAGCAGAGCGGGCGAGUCGCGAGAUAUUCUGGUGCUAUUACAGCCAUGGAAUGGACAUCCUGGUAGGGCCUCCGAGUCCACACGUCGCGGCCAACGAGCAGCACACCACACCAUUAUCAGCGAGCCCUCAUCUCGUAGUGAUCAAAGUCAUCAUUCACGGCAACGUCCCCGGAAGCUACGCAUUCAACCGUCAUCGAAGACUGCGUUGGCAAAUCUCACUUCCCAACACCGAAUACGCCGGCGAGCUGGGCUCAGAAUCGAAAUUCGACGAGCUCAAGCCCUCACUCCUGCACAUCUUCCAGAACGUGUGGCCGGCAUCAGACAUGGGGAAAGGCAAAGUGGUGAAUCGCACGUGGGAUGCGAAUUCCAGCGAUUCCGCGUUCUUCCUGCCGGAUGCUGGGCAGGACUUGAUUGAAGGCGGGGGCAGUGAGCAAUGGCUGGGUAAUACCAGGCUGUACACCUUUCCCGGACUCAUCUUUGAGGUUUUGGAGAAUGGUGCGGUGAGUGCGUUGACGAUUUAUUGAGGCGUGUUGCAUUGCUUGGGGCAUUGGGAGGGCUAGCGAGUCCCGAUAUCGGUACGAUAGGCGCAGAUUGUCAACUUCGAGUUACAUUGUUAAACCAUUUCAC